AGCCGGACUACAAAAUUAGGGUUUCAGAGUCAAUCUUUAACAUAAAAGCCGCCUCCUUCGUUCUGCAGUCAACCUCGCAAGCGAGUUGAAGCCCUAGAGAAGUGUAAGGAAGGCAGCGAUGGCGACUGUUCCCGGACCAUUGAUAUGGGAGAUGGUGAAGAAGAACAACUCGUUUCUGGUGAAGCAAUUUGGAAGGGGAACUGCUGGUGUUCAGUUCAGCAAGGAGAGUAACAAUCUCUACAAUCUCAACUCCUACAAGCACUCUGGACUGGCAAACUCGAAGACGGUGUCUAUCCAAGCGGAGGGAAAAGAUGCUUCGGUGUUGCUUGCUACAACCAAGACUAAGAAACAGAACAAACCAGCUUCUGUUCUUAACAAAUCCGUUAUGAAGAAGGAAUUCCAGCGGAUGGCGAAAGCUGUCACUAACCAGGUGGCUGAUAACCAUUACAGACCAGACCUUAGGAAAGCAGCCCUCGCAAGGCUGAGCGUUGUUCAGAGGAGCAUCAAGAUUGCCAAGAGUGGUCCGAAGAAGAGGACCCGUCAGGCUGCUUCCAGGAAGUGAUUUUGAGGUUAUCGUUUCUUCGUGUUUUCAUUGUUUUGCAUUGGAGAUAUUUUUGUUUUGUUAAACAAGUCUAUGGUUUUACUCUACGGAAUGCCAAAAUUGACCUGAUGAACAACA